AUUUAACACAGCUCAUGAGUUUUGAAUGCAUCAACUAAAGUGAUGAGAAAAUGCAUUUCAAUAGACAUAUACAUUUCAACUUUUAUGCUUUCGAGAUAGAAAAUGAAUCGCUAUUUGUGGAGAAUUUUAAAGCAAGGUUGUAUGCUUCUUGUGAUUAUAUGGUUAGUUUUUUCUGUGUUAAAACAUUUUGCAUAUGUUGAGGAAUAUGGAGGAAGUAAAAGUCAACACGAGGAAGGAAGUGUAAAUGGAUUCAAAAAAGGGAACAGAGAUGAGCAACAUACUGGAUCAUCUAAUGCUAUUCCUUUCAUGGGACCUUCUAAUAAAACCAAACAAGAACAUGUUAAGAUGAAAAAAGAUAAGAAAAAACAAAUAGAAGAACGUAUGGAACGUUUGAAACGCAUCUGCAAAGAGUUCAAAGAUUCUUACGAGUACAAACAUCCGGCAGUGACGACCAAAUCCAUACAACUCAUGCAAGUUUCAUUGGACAAACACACCCUCCUCUGGUGCUCCGUUUUGAAAGCAGGUUUUUCUAACUUUAGAGACACUUUCAACAAAUUAAAAGCCAAAAGGACGAUUUUAAAAAUUGACAUGAAGUUAAGUCAUAAAAAGAUAACCAAUUAUACUAUCCGUUUAUUAAAUGUACGAAAUCCCUGGGAGAGACUGCUAUCGUCAUACUGGGACCGUAUAAUGACCAAUCACAAACCACCAACGAAUACUAGAAAUAAAUGGGGACGAACAAUGAUGGCGAAAUACCAUAAUCUUAACCCAAAAAAGAUUAAAUAUGAUGAUAUAAAUGUGACAUUCACUGAGUUUCUUCAGUAUAUAGUGGAAAACCCAAAACAUAACAGGGGACAUUUAGAACCCCAUUGGAUGCAAUAUUUCGAGUCUUGCAAACCAUGUGAUGUGCCAUACAACUUUAUUGUUAAGACUGAAUCACUGACAGAAGAUGCUGGCUUCUUCUUUAAGCAACUUGGUUUUAAUAAAAAUCCAUUUGGUGAUACAGAACGUAAAAACAGAGCAGAAAGAUUAGAAAAAUCCUAUAAGGAUGUACCAUCUUGGAUUAUGAAACGGCUGAUUACAAUCUAUUAUUGGGAUUUCAGAUUGUUUGGAUAUGAUAUUGAACCACCACAUGUUGUCUGAUAUGCAAUUGAACCACCACUAUUUGUCUAAUAUGAUAUUGAACCACUACAUAUUGUAUUGUCCGAUAUGACAUUGAACUACCACAUAUUGUAUUGUCUGAUAUGAUAUUGAACCACCACAUAUUGUCUGAUAUGAUAUUGAAACACCACAU